GGGCAUUUCUCAGAUGUGUUAACCGUGCCGUCAGGACAGGUCAGUGGGCUACACCUCCACAAACCGGAGAAAAUGUAUACUCAUCUGCGUAAAGUUCUGAUUCCUAAUGGACUCAAACAUAUGCUCGAAGGAUUCAGCAGAGCCGUGGUGAGAUGCAAGCCGAAGAGCAUCCCACAUUUUGCUGAAGAAUACUUCAAGGCUCUCUUGACCUUCAGAGCUGAGAAUCCAAAUUUGAGUUUUGAUGAGCUUUUGAAGGAAUUCCAGCGAUCACAAUUAGCUCUGUUGAAUCGCAAAGGCACAUCACUCCAAACAGUUCACCGUGUGGAUUCUAAGGAAUGGGAAGCGGGCCCGCUGCUGUAUGAAGCCCGAAUCAACCAGACUGGACCUGUUCCCAUAUUCCCUGCUGGCGACUUAAAUGAAACUGCAAGAAAAGAUGCACAGGAGCUCACCAAAACCCAGUUUCUCCCUUCAGAGAGUGUUGAAGCUGAAAUCGAGGAGAGUGACCUAGAUGGGAUCAUUUCUGCCAAUGUGAUCACUUUGUCACCAGGCCCGAUUACUCACGAGAUGGCCAUGGACCUGGCAGUGUUCCGUCGGAGGACGACCCCCCAGAGCUCUCCCGGGAACAGCUGUGGCAGCAGUCAGACGGGGGAGUGCAGUAACCGGGGCUCUCCGUGCGGGCAGAUCCGCUCAGCCCUGUUUGAGCGUGUGCCCCUGAGCGAGAUCGGCGUGGACGUGGAUGCGGUCCUCAUCAAAACAUCCAUGCUUCCCAACGUGGCGCAGAUUGUUGUCCAGUCCGAAGAAGUACCUGAGAUUAUUGUGUUUCAAGCGGAUAUCAAAGUAAGUGACAGUGGGCCUGACUCUGCAUUUGCUGGAAUGGAGGCUGUUACUUUGAACCAAGAGAACACUGCCACGGUAUCAGCUCCUCUCACCUACUGCAGCAGCCCUGACACUGGUGAUGCCAUGAUGGCAAAAAUGUUGGAGUCUGUGGAACUAGUUGCUCCCAGAAGUGUUGUGGAAAGCUUUGGGGAUCAAGCGACUGCUGAAACAAAGACUGACUCUGCAUCCCAGAGGAAUAGAGGCUCUGCUUCUCAGCGUAGUUCCCAAUCAAAUAUUGCUGCACCUGUUAUUUCCCACGAGGAGCAAAUAACUGCGGAAGUGAAGGAGUCUGCGUCUCAGAAGAGUUCAGCGUCAAGCAUAGCCUCUCAGCAUAGCUCCCGAUCAAAUAUUGCUGCACCUGUUAUUUUCCAGGAGGAGCAAAUGAGUUCAGUGUCAAGCAUUGCUGCACCCUCUGCUGUUGACGAAAUCCAAAUUGUGGAGAAGGCUUCUGCCUCUGAGAAUAGUUUGGACUGUGCUGCUCAGAAGAGUUCGUUAUCAAACAUUGUUAUUUCAGCCGUGUCUUUAGUGUGUGAUGAUAAGACCACUAUCACAGAUGUGGCAGAUGCAGCUGAAUCAGUCGUCACCAAAGACAGUGCAGAAACCCAUGAAGUGCAGAGAGCCUCUGAAUCAAAGGAAGAGGAGAAUCAAUCACCUGAGGACACUGUUCAUGUAGUGUCUGUUGUUUUUGACGCAGAAGUCUCUGCAUCAGACAUGACAGAUGACACCUCAGCCGAACUUCCUGCUGCUGAAGUUGCCAUGGAAACCGCAGAUGGAACCCCUGGAUCGCAGACGACCCUCCAGCAGAAUCUGAUCUCAGGUCUUGCCAUCCCAGAUGUGCUGGAGACAAGUGCAGAGGAACCGUCCCCUUGCCUGGCGUGUGAGCCUGCUAUGGCUGAAGGUAAAACCAGCCACUCUGGGGCUGUGGAGCAACCUGGGGCCCCAAGGCCCGCAGAGAACCUGGUUUCAGCUGGAGCAGAGACUGAGUCUCCCCAAGCAGCCGCCAUCCAGAUAGCUGACUUAAUAAGACCUUUGCCUGCGGACUGUGCCGUUCAAGAGGACAAGACGCCAGCCUCUGCUCAGGCAAACAGCGCUCCACCGCUGGAGAUCCGGGCGCCGUACCUGGUGUAUCUUCCUCUUCCACCGAUGGAGGUGAUGACCCCUGGCAUGGUUCCCCAGGCCGUUAGCGAAGGCGAGGAAAUCAAAACCUCCCCAUACAUGUGCAUCCCCUUGGUCACCAGAGACUUACCCAACAGCCCCGGCUUUGUGGGGGCCACAACCCCUCAGCUGUCAAGAACGGGGAGCUUCGCUGGCACGUUUGUUCCAUUCACCGAGGCCCAGAAGGCUCAAAACUCCACACAUGCCCCCAGGCCUACCUCCCAGGGGCACAUGGGGUUCUCUAAGGUGCGCCGUCCCUUCAGUAACUGCCCGAUGGGAGUUUCCAUGGCAGCAGAACCCGCAGCUCAUACUUCGCCAUCUUUACUGCAUCAAGCAGCUGCAGGUGUCACAAAUAAUGGACAACAGCCUAACGUCUCCUGUUGCAGUUGUGGCCCACUGCACAGUAGGUCCUCUGAGCCAAUGGUGGCCAGUGUCUGUCCAUGCGUAGGGUCAGCCAGCCACUGGAGGCUGUGUCACCUGACUCCUCCUGGUGCCCAAGGCCGACAUCUGCUCACCUGCCCCUACCAGCCCUUGCCAUCCAUGUCCCAGUGUGGCCUGGAGAAGAUCGCCAAGAUCCCCAUGUACCAGGACUGCGGCCUGUACUGCAGCUGUCACCACGAGCUUUGUGGCCAUUCCUCCUGCGGCAGCCUGCGCCCUCACCACAUGGCCGAGCCCGCCUGCUCGGGCCACCACCUGGGCCCCCUGGCACCACGCCAGGGCUGCUCGUCCGAGCACUUCCGCAGCCACCGCGUGCUUCCCAGCGCCGCCGACCGCCGUUACUCUUGCUGCAUGCAGCCUGCGUGCACACCACUGCAGCCACGCCACAGCUCGCUCACCACGUGUGACCACCAGGAGGUGAUUAGCCAGGGCGGACACUGUGGAAGCGUCUGUGGGCUGACCAAGGCCACCACCAUACCAAGCUGCACACACCAGAACGCAGCCACAGAGACCUGCCAUGACUACAGGAUCAAUUACAACCUCUAGACAUGCUAUGGAAGCUGGCACAUACUUGGAAAAGUCACACAAGCACACAUGUUCCUAACUUUUGAUUCAGAAAGCAAAUUUGCAAAAUAAAAACAAUGAG